CCCGGGAAUUGAAGUCGUACAUCUACCAACACAACACAAGACCCCCAAUUUUCUUCACCAAAAACCAUGAGCCGGAAGAGAGACAAACCCUACUUCUCCCGCCACGUCCCCGCCUCCGCCUCCGGAUGGAAACGCCGUCGCCCCCUGCCUCCUCAUCCCGAGCCCGAACCAGAGCUCGACAAGCCAACUUACAAGCUGCCGCCACCGCCGGCUCUUGUCAUUACAGGUCUCCCGCCAGACUGCUCCGUCCUAGACCUCAAGUCCCGGUUCGAAAUAUACGGAGCCAUCUCUCGCAUCCGCAUUGACCGCGAUGCGGUCGGCUACGUCACCUACCGCGCCACCGACUCGGCUGAAGCCGCCAUUGCCGCCUCUCUCGACCCCUCCUUUGGCAUUACCCUCGACUCUAAAAAGUUGCAGGUCCUUUGGGCAACAGACCCACUUGCCCAAUGGAGGAAAGGUGUUGGAGUUGGUGCUGAAAACAGAGAUUCUAGUAAUGGGUCAUCCUCAAAUUCCAAUCUUUUGAGGGCUGAGGUGCCUCUGAGGAGACAUGGUAGAGGCAACAAGCUUGCUUCGGCUAUAGUGAACCCCAGAGUUGCUGCUGCUGAUGGUUCUUCAGCAUUGGAUGUGCCUGCCAAAGCCAGAGAAAUCGUUGCUUAUGAUGACAUUCUAAGGAAAAUAGUAAAGCACGAAGAAGAAGAAGGGAAAAUAGUAAAGCACGAAGAAGAAGAAGAAGAAGGAAGAGAGCAAGAGAUAUGGAGUUGGGGGGCAGGAACGGACGGGCAGCUGGGCACGGGCAGGCUGCAGGACGAGCUCCUCCCUCAGCUGCUUCACCUCACAUCUCUCUCCUCCGCCGGACCCAUCUCUUUCCUUGCCUGCGGCGGCGCUCAUGUUCUUGCCUUGACCUCCGGUUUCUUCCUUUCUUUCAUCUAAUAUUAUAAACAGUCUUCUUUUUUUCUUUCUUGGGAACCAAAAAAUCUGACCCCUUUUGCAGGUGGGAAGGUACUGACAUGGGGAAGAGGCACGUCUGGUCAACUGGGUCAUUCUGAUACGGUCAAUAGUCCACAUCCCAAGCUUGUUAUGUCUUUGAACAACUACCUCAUUACUCAUGUUUCUGCUGGUUGGAACCACUCUGGUUUCGUUUCAGAUACAGGGGCUCUUUUUACAUGUGGAGACGGCACAUUUGGUCAGCUCGGGCAUGGCGAUUACAGGUUACAUUGCUAUCCUGUCGAAGUCUCCUUCUUUGCUAGUAAGCACGUGGAACAGAUAGCAUGUGGAAUGCGCCAUUCCCUUGUUUUGCUGAGAGGUGGUUCAGGAGAUGAAGUUUAUGGGUUUGGUUCUGGGAAGCGUGGUCAACUGGGUAUCGCCAAGGAUAAAAUCAAUUUAGUUAGUCUUCCUGAACGAAGUUGUGGAUUUGAAGGUGUAAAGAUCGCUAGCAUCACUGCAAAUGGAGAUCAUAGUGCAGCAUUAUCUGCUGAUGGGCAUUUGUACACUUGGGGAAGAGGGUUUGGCGACACUUUAAGUGCUAAAACGCCACAGCGUUUACCUACAUCAUUCUGCUUUACCAAAAUUGCUCUUGGAUGGAAUCAUGCUUUAGUUUUAACUGGUGGAGAGGUUUUUAUGUUUGGUGGAAAUCACCAUGGAGUCCUUAGUAAUCCUGAUAAAAUGACUCCAGUCAAGCACUCAGCCGAUUCAAGAGCAGUUGUCCUGGAGAAAGUCCCUGGGCUUGAAGGGAGUAGAACUCUGCACAUUGCAGCUGGAGCUGAGCACUCUGCUAUUGUAACAGAGAAUGGGGUACUUAAGACAUGGGGAUGGGGUGAACAUGGUCAGCUUGGCUUGGGAAAUAUAAGUGAUCAAACGAGUCCUCAAGAAGUGAGUCUCAGCCACAAAUUUUGGAAAGAAGCCGGCUUAAUUGAGAUUUACUGUGGCAGUGGUUUUACAAUUGCAAUAAGAACUUUGUGUCGCCCUUCUCAGGCUGGUUAACCCUAUUUACGGAUGCUGACUGAAAUGGACACCAAUAUAAAUUGAUUUUUCCUCAAGGAGUUGAACUUGUGGCACCAAGAGAGCAAGUACAAUCAUAUUACCGGAGCUUUAUCUGUUUCAUGUUGUGUAAAUAUUUGUUUUACAGGUUGUGGUAUUUGGACAAUAACUUUCUUAUACAACAGAGAAUUUUAGCUUUGCUUC